UCGGUAUAAAACUUAUGCUCGAAGGGUGAUCGCGCUCGUAUUAAUUGAGUAGAACGGUGCGGUGAACGGUUCAGUCGAGUGCGAAUUUUUUGUUACUAUGAUGAAAGCUUUCCUAGUCCAAUUUUUAGUGGUUUUAGGUUUUCAGUACGGAAAAUCAUCUGUCGCACCCGUCCUCAGUGUCUGCUCGCGGAACGAUCCGAACCUGGGGCAGUGCAUCACGAAUGUGGUCUACCGGAUCCGAAAGAAUGUGGCCGAUGGAAAUUACGGAGACGGCAGAGCGGCACCGAAGUUGGAUCCGAUGCACUUCCCGCAGCUGGCCAUUAACAACGGGCCGGGAUUUAAGCUGGUACUAUCGGAUGUUACGAUUCGCGGUGCUAGUGGGUUUAAUAUCCAGCAGCUUCGCGAUAAUCUGCCGGCGAAGAGGUUCGACAUUGUGUCCACGAUUCCGGUGAUGCAUAUUAGCGGGCAGUACGAUUUGAACAUGAGUAUUCUACUGCUGAAGGUCAACGGGAAAGGCAAAUUUAAUCUUGUACUGAACGAUACGAUCGCCAACAUGCGUAUGGAAUACCAGACGGUGCCGUCCGGGGGCAAGAAUUUCGUCCGUUUCCACCCGAUCGAACUGAAGCUAAAGUUCACCAAGGCGCGUUUCAACUUUAACGGCCUGUUUAACGGCGACCCGGCCCUGGAGGAGUUCGGCAAUAAGGCCAUCAACGAAAAUCCGCACCUGCUGCUGGACGAGGUCAGACCCUCGUUCGAGAAGAAUCUGGCGCGCGUCUUUACCGAAAUCUCCAACAGUGUCGUGCAGGGUGCGGAAGAGUCGGAACUGCUUCCGUCAUGAUGAUCUGUUCUGUGUUCUAUUCACUUUUGUCCUACCGAACGCAAGCUGUUAACGGCGACUAUUUACGAUGCUAAUAAAGAUGGAUAGCGUGUUGA